AUGUCUCAAACACAAACACCUCAAAGUAGCUCACAUCGGCAAGCCAACCCCAACCACGCCUCUGCAACAUCCUCCGCCCUACACACCCCAACAAGCCCAUCACUCAUAUCCCAAGAUGAUUCCCCAGACAUCGCCCCCAAGCGAAGAUUCAAAAGCUACCGCCUCCGCGGGGACUUCGAAAAACCAUGGCUCUCCGACCCAGCAAUGAAGAAAACAAAAUGGAACAACUGGAUCGUCCGGUCCUUCAUCCUCCUUGGCUUCAUCCUCGCCGGCGUAGCAUGCUUCUUCAUGGUCUGGCCAUACAGAGAAGGAUCGUACUGCCUCAUCUACGAAGACCACUUCACAACCCUCAACAAGGACAUCUGGACUCAUGAAGUCCAACUCGAUGGCUUCGGCACCGGCUCCUUCGACUGGACCACCACGGACCCCAAAAACUCCUACGUCGACUCUCAGGGCUUACACAUCGUUCCGACGCUCACCAACGAAACUACCUCCAUAACAUCGCACGACCUCUUCGCCAACUACACUCUCGACCUCACAAAAGACAAGUCCUGCACCAGCAAAACCAACACCUCAUGCAUAAUCACGUCCGACCCCAAAAAAGGCACCAUGAUUCCUCCCAUCCGAUCUGCCCGUCUGUCCACAAAGGGCAAAAAGAGCAUCCGCUACGGCAAGGUCGAAGUUGUAGCCAAGCUCCCCAAGGGCGACUGGAUCUGGCCCGCAAUCUGGAUGAUGCCCGAGGAUUCCGUCUACGGAGAAUGGCCUCGCAGCGGCGAAAUCGACAUAAUGGAAUCGAGAGGCAACUCGCGAGGAUACCCCGAAGGCGGCCGCAAUUUUUACUACGGCACCCUCCACUGGGGUCCCACGGCCGAAAAAGACAGCUACUGGCGAACUACGCACGCCAAAAUGAUCCGCCGCGGCGACUACUCCAAGUCCUACCACACAUUCGGCAUCCAAUGGACCCCAAACUACAUCUACUUCUACAUCGACAGCCGCAUCCACCAAAUCAUGUUCAUAGGCUUCGACAAGGACAGACCGCUUUACGAUCUCGGUGGGUUUGCCCGCAUGGCCGAGAACCAGACCUUGCUGGCCAACCCGUGGGCCAUGUCCAAUUCCACGACUGGCAAUGCGCCGUUUGACCAAAAGUUUUACUUGAUUCUCAACGUGGCAGUUGGCUCCAAGAAUGGGUGGUUUCUGGAUCACGUAGGAGACAAGCCGUGGAUCGAUAAUGCUAAAAAUGCACAAUGGACCUUUUGGGAUGCCGCUUCCAAGUGGCUGCCAACUUGGGGAGACGGCGCCGACCGUGGCAUGAAUGUCAAAUCUGUCAAGAUGUGGCAGGCUGGACAGUGUGGCCAGUCAAGUGAGUUGUAG